GGGAAAGAUUUGUGCCUGAAGGGAAAUCAUAAUAGAGAAAAUGGUGAAGAUUUAUCCCGUUAUUUUGAUGUGCAGUUUGCUGCUUGAAUUCUGGCUUUCUUCAGGAGCUUCAGUGUUUCUGCCGAGGGAUCUGGCCGAGUCUCUUCUGAAGAGACAGAAGCGUUAUAACACAGGAGGACUUGAGGAGAUGAUGAAGGACAACCUGGAGCGGGAAUGUUAUGAGGAACGCUGCAGUCUAGAAGAAGCCAGAGAGGUUUUUGAGAACAACGAGAAAACUAUGAAGUUCUGGAUCACUUAUAUGGAUGGAGACCAGUGUUUGUCGUCUCCCUGUCAGAAUGGAGGGAAGUGUGAGGAUGGGAUGAACACAUACACCUGCUGGUGUCCUGCACGCUUCAGCGGGAAGAACUGUGAGUUAGAGAUGGCCAAACAGUGUCAUGUAAAUAAUGGAGGCUGCAUGCAUUUCUGCAUCGUGGAUAAAAUUUAUGGAGCAGUGUGUGACUGUGCCGAGGGUUACAGAUUGGCUGUAGACGGCAGAUCCUGCGAACCGCGAGGGCAGUAUCCUUGUGGACGUCUUGGAAAGAUCAUUGCUCAAACUCUCAAUUCAAGGGCUCUUGAGUCCACUGAGACUGUAAAUCAAAAUCAGACCAUCAGUCACAUCAAUGGAACCGAAUACAACACAACAGAAUCCAGUCCUACAGAUCUUUCUGAAAUGAACAGCACAAGCACACCUCGAAAUUCACUGCAAAAUGUCUCCUCUUCUCCCAUCCUGACCAAUAUCAACAAUACAACUAACAAUAAGUAUCGCAUUGUAGGAGGAGAUGAAGCCAUACCAGGAGAGAUUCCCUGGCAGGUGGUUUUUCUGGAAAAGGUAAAUAAGAUUGUGUUUUGCGGAGGCUCUCUUCUCAGUGAAGAGUGGGUCAUCACCGCUGCCCACUGUGUUGAAGGGAAGCAGGGGUCCUUCUUCAUCAGAGUGGGUGAACAUGACGUCUCAAAGAUGGAGGGAACAGAGUCUGACCACGGCAUUGAGGAGUACCACAUCCAUCCCCGCUACAACUCUCAGCGGAGCCUUUACAACCACGACAUCGCCCUGUUAAAGCUGAAGAAGCCUGUCAUACUCUUCGACUACGCUGUACCUAUCUGCCUGGGCUCCAAAGACUUCACUGAAAACUUGCUUCAGAGCGCAGAAAACUCCCUGGUGAGUGGGUGGGGCAGGUUACGCUAUGGUGGCAUCGAAUCCAAUGUGCUGCAGAAAGUGGAACUACCUUAUGUGGACCGAAUAAAGUGCAAAGGCAGCAGCACCGACAGCAUCUCCCGCUUUAUGUUCUGUGCCGGUUACAGUACGGUACGUAAAGACGCCUGUCAGGGGGACAGCGGAGGGCCGCAUGCCACCCGCUACAAAGACACCUGGUUCCUAACGGGCAUCGUCAGCUGGGGCGAGGAGUGCGCUAAAGAGGGGAAGUAUGGCAUCUACACCCGCAUCUCCAAAUACAUGGCCUGGAUUACUAACAUUACCAGAAUCAGAACAGGACAUAUGUCUAAUGGUGAUCAACAGAGUUUGAAUUAGAUUUUUUUUUCGUAUGGUAGGUUCACACCAAAUGGGGAAGAGAUCAAGCGCAUCCACUCUAGAUUACCUAUGGGAUAUUUUUUUCACCCCUGGAUGUGUUAACUUAAGAUGCAAAUGAGGUAAAUAUUGCUCAUUCGAGGCAAACACGUACUGCAUUACGUGACAUUUGUGCCACAUUGAGGAAAUUUGCCAUAUAAAUUUGAUAUAUGCACCUU